AUGUUUUUACAAAUAAUACUAGUAUCGUUAAUAAUCAAAAAUGUACACAAUCAUACACCGAAGAAUAACUCAGAUGUGUACAUAACAUAUCAAGAACAUAGCGAAUUAGGAAAUGAUAAAAUAUUAGAAGCUAAGAAAGAUGAUAUAGACAAAAAUAAAAUUAAACCAAAAACACAAACAGAUGCUGUAACGGAAAACUAUGAGCCGACAUUUGAAGAUAUAGUUUUCGUACCAAAUGAAAAACCAAUUAUCAGAAAUGAAGAUUUAAUCAACAAUGAAGAAAUUAAAAUUGAUGAUUUGAUGAAUAGGAAAUAUCUUAAUAAUGUAAUGGAGGAAAGAAAAGUUGUUAAAACAGAUUCACCAAACGAACAUGUACUCUUCAUAACGGGGAAGAAUAAGGAAGAUGAAGAAUUUAAUACAGACAAAGUAACAAAAAGGAAUCAAAGGACAAAAUCAAUAUUCGAUGAUAUAUCAAAAGUUAUUAAAAGGAAAGUGAAUUGUUCUUCAUUGGAUUGUAAUAAUAAUCAAGACCCAGUCUGCGGUGGUAAAGCUGAAAGGAACAAAAUAAAAUACAGGCUGUUUUUAAAUGAAUGCUUCUUUGAUAAAGUUAAUUGCGCCUUCAAGUACAAUUUGAAUAAAUAUAGAAAAGUAAAUUUAACAAAAUGCGAGCAAGUAGCUGCAUUGAACUUUGAGAAACCAACUUACAAACUUAAAACUGCACCCAUCAAGCCCGCUAAUGUCAAUAAUACAAGAAGAACCUUCUCAUCUAGAAGGUCUCUCAUGAUAGACAUUGAUGGCAAGUUCUGUUCGCAUUCCUGUCCUGUAAGUUGCACAGAUGACUACGACCCGCGUUGUGCUAUUACCUCUAAUGGACAGAUGAGGGUCUUUGCUAAUCAUUGCAAGUUGGAUUUUAACUCUUGCUUGUAUAGGAUUGUAUGGCACGCUAGACCUCUAUCUCAUUGCGUGGGAGGAAGGAAGGCGGAUAUGCAGCAAAACAGAAGAUUCAUAUCCUGGAUGCAGCAAGCGGGAAUCGUAGAUAAAAGGGGGCGACUAUCCAUACAUUGA